AUGAGAUUGGAAAAGAAGAAGGAAGCGGCCAAGCAAGACAAGGGUAAGGGUCAACAACAAAUUCAAAAGGGUGCUCAGCAGAAGCGGAAUAAGAAACAUAAAGGAAAUUUCCAGCUUCGCGAUGAAGAUGAAAAUGAGCGUGAAUCCCCUAUCCCGGUGUCCAUUACUAACGGUAAAGGAAAAAAUCAGGUUCCUGAUGGAGAUGAAAAUGAUCCCAUGGUCCUGGUGUCCAAAAGUAAGGGGAAAAGAAAAAAGCAGGUUCUUGAUGGAGAUGAAAAUGAUCCCGUGGUCCUGGUGUCCAGAAGUAAGGGGAAACAAAAAAAUCAGGUUCUUGAUGGAGAUGAAAAUGAUCCCGUGGUCCUGGUGUCCAGAAGUCAGGGGAAAGGAAAUUUGCAGCUUCGUGAUGAAGAUGAAAAUGAUCCUGGUGAAGAUGUUCCAGUGACCACUACGGUGGAUGUAGAAGCUGAAAAUGUUGUUCCAGAAGCAGAAGCUUUGCCAUCUGAAAAUUGUCAAAUGACCAGUCAUCGGAGAGCUAAAUGCCCUGAAGAACAGUUGGCACGUUGGAUAGCAAAUGAAACUUCUAACAAAGAGCAUGAUGAUGUAGCAUACAGUGCUCUUGAACCACGUGCAAACUGCUCGGGGAAUUUAGACAUGGAUGAAAGGAAAGAUCAGAAUGAGGAAUCAUUGAAGAAGGAAACAGAAAAUAAUCGUCAACCUGAGGACGCAGGGAACUCCAUCAUUGCACCGGUGGUAGAGUCAAAGCCCCAUGAAGACCCCAACAAAGCAUCACCCGCAAUGGAAAUGCUGUCAAAGCUGCCCCCUACUCGAAAGAAAAUGGGCCGAUGUAGCAAGGGAUGUGACGGUGAUAGAGAAGCAGAUGACAUCAGGCCAGGGGGAGAGAAUUCGGGACAGAACUUGGAGAACAACCCUGACAAUAGCUUCAAACUGGGUGUUGGUCGGUUAUGCAAGACCAGAUAUCGAAUGUCAAAUUUGUGCGCCGCCACGCACUUCAAGCAAAAGAAGUUGCCAGGGUUGGAGGUCCAGUGGAAGCAGCACAAUUCCGAAAUAACAACCACAUCGGAUACCCGUGGUUCUACAGUUCAGAAGGAAUUAUCCGAGAAGUGGAAGAAGUUCUUUGAAGACAACCUGAUCCAAGAAGACCAGCCUAUGCAGUUAACUCUUGACAUAGCAUCUAAUAUGCCAAAUAAUGAUCACGCUGAAAUACCAGUACCGGCAGUUCCUCAUGCAAAUGUAGUGGUGGAUCCCCUUCAAUCUCACAAUCCACAGGACCGCUUUGUUUACCCUCCAAUGGUUGUUGUUGUUAACCUGCCUAGAAAAUUUGAUUGUGGGAAGUUUGUUGGACCGAGUGGCAGGGUUCUGCGUGAAAAGUAUUUGUUUGAAGGUUUUAAUCCGACAAAAGUGGAGCCACUGUGGGAUGAUGAAACUGGCCACUGGGGAAUAGGUAUUGUUCAUUUUAGAAGUGGUUUUGAUGGAUUAACGGAUGCUCUUGCAUUUCAUCAGGCUUAUAAGAAUGAUCACCAUGGGAAGCAGGAUUGGGAAGGGUCUGGUACUCACAAUGAUUCCCUAUAUCCCUGGGUUGCUCAAGAAGAUGAUUACGCAAUCAUUGGAAUCGUUGGGAGGAAACUUCGCAGGUGUGCAGCCAUCAAAAGUUUCGAUGAAAUCCAAGGUCUCUAG